ACAAAAAAGGAAAAAUAGCCUUAUUGUAAGUUCAAAUCGGUUCGACCAAACAAGUUGGGUCUGGGUCUGGGUCGUUUGCAGUUUUGCAGUGGCACCGAGCUUCUACAAGAAACCAAUAUUGUUCGAGCUUCUCAAAUCAAACUAACAAACAUGCAGCAGGGUGGGGGUUCAGAUACGGAGGUGACUUGGGAAGAUCAGCAGAACAUCAACAAGUUUGGAAGAUUAAACAACCGCUUUCACGAGCUCCAGGAUGAGAUCAAAAACGCCAAGGAAACGAAUGAUAAUCUGGAGGAUGCUAGCAAUGAAUUGAUUCUCACUGAUGAAGAGGUGGUUCGGUUCCAACUGGGGGAAGUCUUUGCCCAUGUCCCGAAGGAAGAAGUGGAGAGCAGGAUAGAACAGAUGAAAGAGGUGACAAGCAAGAACUUGGAAAAACUUGAGGAAGAAAGGGAUUCUAUUCUUGCACAGAUGGCCGAGUUGAAGAAGAUUUUGUAUGGGAAAUUCAAGGACUCCAUUAAUCUAGAGGAGGAUUGAUACGGAUGAGAUGCGACUUCUGUCAAUUUGGUUGGCAAGUUAUUAGGGAAAUGACUUUCAGCAGAUUCUGAUGCUUGGAUAUUGCAGUUGUCUUCACCACCAAUAGCUUUGAUCUCCUGCGAGGAAAAGGCUCAAAGGAGCUUCCAGUAAGAAGUUUUAUCAUCUUAUGAUUGUACUAAAUUGCUUCUAGAAUCGACAAAAUCCCUAUUUUCUUUGCUAAGGUGUUGCCUGCACCACAAGGAUCGCUGAUCCAAAAGCUGAAAACUUUUCUUUUCAGAGGAAGAGAAGUUGAAUACUCUGAAUGCUUAUGGAUGCGCAUCAUAUGUUUUAGUAA